AAAUGCGCCCUCCGAUCAGGACCUCCGUUGCCGCGGUAUGCGUCAUCGUUGUCGCACUGUCGUCCUGCUUCGGCUGCGACGCCUCUGAAAUCGCGUCCAGGUCUAAGAGAGGCGUAGUUCCCGGCAACGCGGCUUCCAGACCCAAAGGUAAACCGCCUACAUAGUAUAGUUAUAUAUUAUAUUGUUAUAUUGACAGUGACACAGUUGUCCGAAAAUCCGGAUUUCGGUUUUUUUUUUUUUUGGCCUUCCUAAAUCUGAAAAUCUGUUUUUUAGAUUCUGAGCGAAGCAACGAGGUAUUGGUUUUACUAUGGUAAUGAUGAUGAUGUUGUUGUCGGUUUUUUUUUUUAAUUAAUUUUUUUCUUUUACUGUAAACAGCUUUAUUUUUAUCAUACAUUUUGUUCCGAUCAAAAACAUUGGCAUUUUUUAUCUAAUUGGUGACAUUAUUGGGGAGGUAAUUUUUUAAUAUUACCUGUGUUUUUAUAAUAAAUCAGAAAAACUGACAAUCUAAUGUAAUAUUCAGUAGUCGAUCGGCAAAAUGAUUCCGGGAAAGGGCCAUUACGUUAUUUCGGGUAUUUAUCCAGGGCUCGGGAAGUACAUACUAUUCAUCAUAUCAAUAUUUAUACCAUCAUAGAUAUGUUUAAUUGUAUUUACGUACAUUUAAAUUUUAAUUAAAGGCGAGGUUGAUAGGCAAAUGCCUAAUUAACUAGCAAAGCCUCUUGAAACACCCUGAAGUAUAACUACAUGAUUUAUUUAUUUAUUUAUAACAGAAAAUCGUAUCACUUUGUUCUACGAUUUCAAACAUAUGUAUGUACAAUAUCUAUAAAGUACCUAACUUGCAUUAUUUUGAAAUAAAUAAGUGAUAUGGAUAGUACGUGGUUCAAUAGUACUGAGACCGGUCUUAGGUUUUUUGCCACCCUAGGCCAUUCUAAUUUACGCUGCCCUAUUAAAAAAUUAAUUUUUUGGAGAGGAAGGGUUAUAAAAAAUAUGGACAUUCAUUUUUAAACGAUUAACCCUUGCUUUUAUUAAAAAAGAAAAAAAUGUUUUGACCUAUCUCAGUUUUCUGAACAAAAUAUUAAAAUCAUUAAAUUAAUAUAAAUGUUCUGAAAUAGUAUAAUUCAUAUUAAUAACUGACGUUAUAAAUUAAUUAUUGUUAUCUAUACAUUAACAUCAAUAAGUAUUUAGUUAUACAUUAAAAAAAUAUAGUAAAUGAAAUUUAUUUUGUGAACCUUUUCUGGUGCAAAAUCAGACAAUACAUUUUUAUACUCAAGAUUUUUCAUCACUUCUUUUUCAAUAGAAAUUGUGGCUUAAUCUUUCUUGGUUCAUAGAAAACUUCCAAUAGUUGUUAAUUAUUUUUAAUUUGAAAAAGCUUCAUUCACCUAAUGCGACCGUUACAGGCUUUGUUAUAAUAAUUCAGAGUGCUACAGUUACGUUUGGGGAAAAAUUGUUAUUAUUUACAAUAAACUGUAACACUUUCCAAUGGGGAAUUUUUGUAAUAUUAUAAGAUAUUUUUUUAGAUUUUGACGGGAGCGAAGAAGCUUAUCUAUAUGGUUUUACGAAGAUGUUAAUUAUUUUUUUGUGGAUAACUUUUCUACCAGAAAUCUUGCUUCGAUUUUUAAAAGUAGUAACUUUUCUGAAAGGAAAUCUGACUGAAAAAGUACUUUAAGAGGCCAUUUUUACAUUUUAUCAAGAGCUUUCUCAGCAAAUGUAAAAGACCAAGAGAAAAAUGGGAAAAACGUAGGAAAAACGGGAAGAUCGGUACAUUAAAGUCAUUAAACAUAUACUUAAAUUAAAUUUAUAAUAAAACGUUUAUUUAAUUAUUUUACCAUAAUAUAACAUAUAUAUUGUUGACAAAGCAUCACUAUCAACUGAUCAAUUUAACUCAGAAUCGUUUUUUCGUUAGCAAUGGUUUAUCGUUGCUUACAGGUAUACAUUCAAUUACUUAUAACAGUGGCUGCAUCCGACCCCAUUAUCAUAGGACGUCAUUUUUGUAUUUGUUGAACAAUAAAUAUACAUUUCUGCAUAAUAGAUAAUAUAAUAUAAUAAUUAAAUAAAUUUGGUUCAUUCAAAACUUGCCACCUUAGGCAGAUGUCUAUUUUUCUAGCGCAUUGGAUUGGCCCUGUAAUAUCUACCUAUAUUCAUCAUAAAAAUUAUCAUUAGGGCCCGGAUUUAUAUGCAUUUGCAUGUUUUUUUAGGCGAUCUAAAAAAUAGCUACAUAAGCUACAAGUUUGAAUUAUAAUAAAUAGAAUUAAAAUACAAAGUUUUAUUCUGCAUACCUAUUUUGAAUUUUUUACUUUCUUUUGACAUGUACUGCAUAUUUCUGUAUUUUACGAUUUUUUAUUGCAUUCAAAUGGUUUUUAAAUGCAUAAUAUGUAAUAUAUUGGUUGUAUUUAUAUUAGUUUCAAAGUAAUGAUAGAAAUAAUAAAAAUAAAAUCAUUUUUUUUUUAAAUCUGCAAAUUUGUUAUAUGCAUAUUUUCUAUUUGAAAAAAAAAAUAUUUUAUAUACUUUUUCUGAAAAUCGAUUUUUUUUGUGCACAGGUAUGUUUUAUUUUAAAAGGUAUAUUUCUACAAAAUAAGAGCAUAAAUGCAUAUUUUAUAGUGCCUAUUUCUAAGGUUUUUAGAGCUUAUAAAUCCAAUCACUAAAUUCAUCAUAUUUGUCUUUACAACUUUUUAAAACGAGUUAUGAUUAUUCACGCGACAUAAUACUAUUCUAUUUUGUACCCGUUACGACGACUUGACACUCGAUAAUAAAAUAUAACGCCUGAUUGACCUUGAUGAAUCAAUAAAAACAAUUAUUAUGACGAUGGGUUUAGAUAUUCUACAGAGUGGGGCAUAUAGGCACCCGAAGAGGGGGGCAAGACGGGGCAUCUGCCGUCUCCCCCACUGGAAUUCAAUAUUUCAAAUAUAAUUUUUUGGUGUUUAAUUUUAUUAUGCCUUUCCCUAAAUUUCUUGUGGGCGACCAUGGAGUGGGGUAUUCAUAUACACAAAAAAUGUUCGAAAAUUCCGUUUUGAUUCCAUGGACAUUUUUUUAGUUUUUUGGGCCAAAUACCCCUAUGUGCGGCAGCUCGCAACAAUAUAAAUUAAAUUACUCUAUGUAUUCUCCCUUUCAACAUUAUUACUUCUAAAACUGUGGUACACCCACUAAUAUUAGCCAAUAUCUCUAUUUUUAGGUAAUAAAUAAAUAUUUCGGUUGAACUCUUGAUUAGGGUUGGACAGGCUAACCGACGAUUUAAACAUCAAGCCAUCAUAGAGACUUAAAAACUAAAAAUCGAUUAAAGUGACAACACUUUAUUUCCUCAAAUUUAUAUCUCUAUACACCCAUGCUAUGAACUAUUAAUAGAAAUAUUGUUAAUAAACAUUAUAUUUGUCAUGACAACGAAAAUGCAAUUGGCCAUACCUACAUUUUUUAGUUGUCAAAUUACUUAAUAAUGUAAUCAUAUUAUAUAAUUAACAUUUUCCAUUCAAUGUAUAGAUUUAACUAUCAAAUCCAAUUUUUUCGCAAUAUUUUACUACAAAAGUUGUUUUAAUAUUCUCUUAGUUAUAAAUAUAUUUUAUUUAAAUAUUGUAGGAGUGUACACAAAUAAAAUUAAAAUUUGUAAGCCAAGGAGAACGAAGUCAGACAAACCCAAAUUGACAGUUUAGUGAUAAGUGAAACAGAAAUUAAACUACCACGGGAGGCUUAUAAUACAACUUUUUGAGAAUGAUUAUGGCAUAAUAAAUUAAUAAUUUGUUUAAUUCAUUCAGUGUUAAAAUAUUUCAGAAUUAAUGUACAAUAAAAUUAAUUUUGAAUAAACUAUUAAGUCAAAUUAAAAAAGUAUUUAUAUUUGUUCUUAAAUAUUAUUACAAUACCUACUUUUUGAAUGGAUGUAUUUGUAUGUGUUGAAAUAUAAUUUGAAACGUACUUUUUACUUUAUAAAAUUGAUUAAUAGUAUAUUUUUUCCAACAAUUCGUUAGCCUAUGAAUAUUUUCAAUGAUACCUAAACUGAAAGCGACUCCUGCCAACGCAGAUUAAAAUAGAAUCCAUAAUUGGUGUUGUGGUAUAAUCAAAAACUGGUUCCUAUCAUUGUUACCAUUUACAAGUCAUUAUCUUUUAUUUUUGGAACAAGACAACGCUCAUACUUCUUUAAGAUACUAUGAAUAAUGAAUACAUAUUUAACAAUAUUAAAAUAAAAUCUCAUAAGACAACAAUAUUACCUGUCAAUUAUAUUUUAAAUUUGGUAGCUAAAUUUUAAAAUCAAAAAAAUCGUUAUGCCUAACUGGGGCCUCAAAACCUCAAUACAGAUGACAGGCCAACUAGCAAUUGCCGGUUAGAUACCCGGGCUAGGGCACUAUAGAACAUUGUCAAACAUUGGAAAAAAUGUCAAUACAUCGAAAAACAUCUAAUUACAUCAAAUAUGUUCAGGUACCUACUAGUUACUAUUUAUACCCCUUAUUGGCUUAUUCCACUAGCACAUGAUCAAUUUUUUCAAUUUUCACAUUUUAGAAAAAAAUGUUGCCGGUAACUGAUGUGAAAUAUUUAUUUUAUUGCUACAACAAAAUAUUCUAGAUACUAAUUUAUUUCAAUAGGUAAUAUUGUUGAAAAUAUAUUGCCAUUACAGCAAACAAAUAUAUUUAACUUUACAAUGUAAAAAUAUUUUAUCUAGGUUCAUAUUUAUUUUGGAAACAUGUUACUGUAAGAUCAAAUGAUUAUUUUGACAUAAAGCAAUAAUUGAGUGUUAAUGAAAAACUACCAGAAAGUAGAAGAAUUGAAGUUCCGUAAUGUUUGGGUAGGUACCUACUCGAACAAAUAUCUUCAUUUUCUUGGAUUUUUUUCGCCAUUACUCAAAGUUCUAAAGUCAGAGUUGAACCAAAAUUUUGAAUUACAAUCAUUUAUUGUGAUAUUAUGUGCAUUUAUAUUAAAAACAUUUUAGUUUGAGAGAUUUUAUUAAGUAUAUGACCUUUUACAGUUUUAAAAUUCAAAAUGUUUAUACUUCAAUUUUCUCUCUUCAAUAAUACAACAUUUUUAAAAUUGUGUCUAUUUUUUAGACAUGUGUCGUAGUGACACCUUCUGCAAGCAGUGGCCAAAGACAUCUUGCGCUAAAGAUCCAGUGGAUGGCAUUCAACGUUGUUUAUGCGCCGACCAGUCACAUCCAAUCAACAAAGAUUGCAUUACAACACCUCAAGGUAUUCAGUAGAUUUUUAAAUUUAUUACAGAUUUCUCAAAUACUAUCAUGUUUUAAAGGACUGGGAAUGCAAUGCGAAUUGGACGUUCAAUGUAUACAGUUGGCAUAUUGUGCGUUAAAUGCAAGCGAUCCAGCAACAGAAAUGAAAAUAUGUCAGUGCCGAGAUGAAUUUAAGGAAGAGGACGGCACUUGCAGUGGUCAGUUAAAUUAAUAUUAUAAACUAUGAAUUAAAAAUGAUUAUGUUGUCAACUGCACAAAUUAUAUUAUGUUAUGUUACAGGUGGUUUACGAACAAUACUGUCACUGUACUUGGCAAUUUUGGUAGCCAUAGUUUUACAAUUUAACUAUUACUAAACAGAUUGUCAGUUUUUUUUAAUUACAUUUUUUAUUUCAAUAUUUUUUCUGGUAAAGUGUUGCUGACAAUGUAUUUCCAACAGUGCCUCCAAACUGGUAUGACGGUGUUGGGAUGGUGUGUAUAAUUUGGAAAUCUAUAGAGAAAAAAAAUUAAUUAAAAAUGCACUAAUAUUAAAUAUCUUAUAAGUAGAUAAAAUACAUUAUUAAAAGUUAUUUUUUACCAUUGUCAAAUUGUUCGUUCAAUUCUAACUGUGUCCAAUUACAACUAACAAUCAGGAACAUACCGUUCGGUUGUAAUAAAUUGAUUAUGUUUUCUUUAUAUUGGUUUCUUUUUUCUUUACUCAUAUCGUUCAUACUAAUAACAUCGUAAGUACCUUUAUCCAAGGCUAAUUGAAAUGUAGGUAAUGUUUUCACAUCAUCAGUUAGAAAAUCAAAUUCUUUUAGUGUUAUAUUUUUAAUAUUUUGUUUUAAGAUUAUUGAAUUUGCUAAUUUCACAGCCGGGGCUGAAUAAUCUAUGCCGUAAAGAUUGGAAAAUCCUAAUUCAGCCUAAUUGGUUAUUUUUCAACAACACACAAACUUUAUUAAUAUUUUGAAGAUUUAAAAUCUAAUAUAAAUAUUAUUAUUAUUAAUUACCUACUAAUUGAGUUAAGAGCAAAGCAUUUCCACAUCCAACAUCCAAAAUUGGAUCUUCUCGACUUAAUUUACAGUAAGAUUGUAUACAUCUGAAACAUAACUUUUUGUUUUAUUUAUAUCAAAUUAUUUAUAAAUAAUGACAC